GGCGUACUCCCCGUCCGAGUCCGUUGGAGACGAUCAUUUCUUCCUUCUGCUCUGCUUCCUACUAUCAGCAACAAUCUCGAAGCUUCUUCCCUUAAACCUCUCUACGCAGAUGGUGAAGUCGCAAAUGGCUGUCCCUCCCGAUGCGAAGAAGAAGCUCUCCCGCCUCAAAUCGGCCGUCGCUGGCCUCAGUCUGAUCAGCGAGAGUGAGAAGAAAGGGUUCAUCGACAUCGCGUCCCGCUAUCUCAGCGGAAAAGCUCUACCUGUUGAAUGGAGCAAGAUCCAGGCGCCCACCGACGAAUUUGUCGUACCUUAUGAUAGUUUGGCGCCGGCUCCUGAGGAUCCUGCGGUGGCCAAGAUUCUUUUGGACAGGCUCGUCGUUCUGAAGCUCAAUGGUAGUUUGAAAACAAUAAUGGAUUGUACUGGUCCCAUAUCUAUCAUGGAAGUACUCGAUGGAAUGACAUUUCUUGACCCUAUAGUUUACCAAAUCCAGGAUCUUAACACUAGAUAUGGCUGCAAUGUUCCCCUGCUUCUCAUGAACUCGUUUAACACCCAGGAUUGUAUGCCGAAGAUUUUUGAAAGACAUCCCAACUCAAAUAUUGCUAUUGCUACUUUUGAUCAGAGCCGGUAUCCCUGCUUAGAUGUUGAUGAUUUUAUGCCUCUGCCUUGCAAAGGACUGACUGGAAGCGAUGGAUGGUAUCCCCCAGGUCAUGGUGAUGUAUACCCAUCCUUGAUGAACAGCCGUAGACUUGAUGCUUUGCUCUCACAGGGCAAGGAAUAUGUUUUUAUUGCCAACUCAGAUAACUCGGGUGCAAUUGUUGACCUGAAAAUCUUAAAUCAUUUGAUGACAAACAGGAAUGAGUACUGCAUGGAGGUUACUCCAAGGAUGUUAUGUGACAAGAAGGGUGGUAGCCUCAUUUCUUAUGAGGGAAAGGUUCAUCUGCUGGAAAUUGCACAAGUCCCAGAUGAACAUGUCAGCGAGUUCCAAUCAAUUGAGAAGUUCAAGAAUUUCAAUACAAACAAUCUGUGGGUAAACUUGAAGGCAAUUCAAAGGCUUUUGGAAGCUGAAGAUCUCAAGAUGGACAUCAUUCCUAUUCAAAAGGAAGCUGAUGGAAUGAAGGUUCUUCAGCUUGAAACCGCAGCUGGGGCAGCAAUCAAGUUCUUUGAUAAUGCAAUCGCCAUUAAUGUACCUCGGUCGAGGUUUAUACCAGUGAAAACCACCUCAGAUUUGCUUGAGGUUCAGUCAGAUUUAUAUUCCGUGGAAGGUGGCCUUGUUGUCAGAAGAAAUUCGUCAAUCGAAUCGGGCCCCGAGCGUGAGAAGGUUGACAAUUUCGGGAGCAUGUUAAGCUUAAUUUCUAGCAUCAAGGACAAUUUCGAGGUGUCUGGUAAUCUGUCUGUUGGCUCGCUUCUCAAUCUCAAGGGAUUCAAGACCAAGGUCAAGGUGGAAAUCCAAAAUCGGGCGGCAGCUAUGAGCAACAAGCUAGAAUGGACUCUGCAUCCUAUAUUUGCGAGGCUGUCAGUGCCCAUUUGUCUGUUUGGAGUUAAAUUUCUUAUUGUGGUGGAAGUCCAUGGCCCUGAGGCCUCUAAUGACAAUACUUGAAUAUUGCAAUUUUGCUUUCGAGAAUUGCCGCCACUCGUUUGCUCCAAAUGAAACAUUCUUCUUCUUCUUUUGGGAUUAAAAUAAAUGCUUGCUCGUUUCUUGCGCUUCAA